UGUGGGGUGGUUGGGGUGGACGUGUUGCACCUGUGGGGUGUUUUGAUGUUCAUAUGGGAUGCCCAGGGUGCAUACGAGGUGCCAGGUGGGUUCACAGAGGGUGUCUGCAGUGCCUGUAAGGUGCUUAGAGGGUCUUUUUGGGGUUUCUGGGGUUUAUGUUGGGGCCCUGGGGUACGUGUGGGCUGUCAAGGGGUGCACAUAGGGUGCUGGGGGAUCCACACUGUGCCUGCAAAGUGCUUGGGGACAUGCAUGCUUGGGGGGCACAUGGGGUGCUCAGAGGGUGCCUGUGGGGUGCUGGAGGUAAUGGGGUGUUUGGGAUGCUUGUAAGGGCUCAAGGAAGUGCCCAGGAUGCCCAUGGGGUGCUCAGCAGAUGCUUGGGGUGCCUGUGGGGGACUCAAGGCACUUAUGUGACACUUUAGAGUGUAUAUGGGGUAUCCAGGGAGCAUAUGGGGUGUCUGAGAUACAUAUUGGAUGUCGUGGAGGUGCCUGUAGGGUGUUUGGAGAGGUGUCCAGGGUGCACAUAGGGUUCUUGGGGUGGACCUGGGGUACCUUGUGAGUGCUGUAGGGACACAUUUGGGUUACCUGUAGGGUGUGUAUGGGGAGUGCAUAGGGGGCGUAUGUGGGGCUCCCAUGGGAUGCUGGGGUGCUCAUGGGUGGGCUUGGCGGGUACCUUUGGGGUGCCUGGGAUGUUUGUAGGGUGCCCAGGGUACAUUAAGGGUGCAGGGGGUGCCCCAGGACAUACCUGGGGUGUCUAUAGGGUGCUGUGUGGUGUGGGGGUGUCCAGAAUACAUGUGGGAUGCUGGAGGUGCCCCCUGACUUCUGCCCUGUGCUACAGGUGGGGGUCCCGCGGGGGGUCCCGGCAGAUGUCGCGACAGAAGCCACAACAGGCGAGGGGCGUGUGCGGGUGCUGCAGUGGGAGGUGCAGGGGGUCACCAGCAUCAUGACCCAGAACAUGGAGCGGAUCCUGGCGCGGGGUGAGAACCUGGAGCAGCUGCACAGCAAGAGCCAGGACCUGGAGGCCACGUCAGAACACUUCCGCACGACGUCCCAGAAGAUGGCCCGGCGCUACUGGUGGAAGAAUGUGAAGCUGCUCAUCAUCCUCGGCCUAGUGGGCGUCAUUGUCCUUGUCCUCAUCAUCCUCCUGGCCACUGGCACCAUCCCCACGUAGAGCCACUGUCCCCACAGAGACACAGCCACCCUCAGGCCCAAAUACAGAUGGGGGAAGAAACAG